AUGUCGGAUAAUAAGUACACCCCGCUGGUUGUGGAUCUGUUCACGCCCAAAGUGCCUCUCCAGUACCUUCCUCCAGCAGAUGUUCCUAUAGAGAAACGUCGGACACCCAAAGUGGAUGGAAUUGCGUCGUUCCUGUCCUCUUUGAAGGACCAUGUCGAAGAGUACAAAGACUACAAAAACGAGUUCGUCAGCCGCGAAGCCAAGGCCAAAUUGAAGUCACAGCAAAACAGAGAGGCUCUCCAGCGGGCUCUACUAAAAUGGAACCCAGAGGCAGACACCAACAUCACCGGAGACCCGUACAAAACCGUUUUUGUUGGUAGACUAAAUUACACAGUUAAUGAGAUAGAGUUGCGCGAAAAAUUCGCACAGUUUGGCGAAAUCGAUCAGAUCCGAGUCGUGAGAGACACCAACACCGGGAAAAGUCGAGGCUACGCGUUUAUCCUGUACAAAUCAGAGUCCGACGCCAAGCUGGCGUUUCAGAACGGUAAUAGAAUGGUGAUCAAAGAUCGCGCAGUGGUCGUAGACAUUGAAAGGGGCCGUGUGGUGAAAAACUGGAAACCCAGGAGACUAGGAGGCGGGCUCGGGGGCCGCAAGAUAGCACAGAAACACAAACACAUGGAGCAGCAGGAACCUGCUCCCAAGAUGCUGUAUCCGCCUCCAGCAUCUUAUGGGCGUGGUAACUAUGGCUAUCGAGGUCGUGGUGGCAGGGCUCCAAGACCUUACGGCCACAGGCCCAAUAGGACGCCCUACAACCGGCCGCCGAGGUACUGA